UUCGCAGUCCAUAGUCUCAGGAAAUACAAUGAAAGUCGUUGCGAUUACACUUCUCGCCCUGCUGUGCGCCAGUGCCCAGGCUGGCAAGCUGACCGAAGGCUUGAACAAGUUCAUCCCCAGCUUUGCUACCGGCUUUGUGAUCAACGGCACCCAGGCUGAGCCCCACUCAGCUCCGUACAUCGUCUCCCUGUCGAGUAAAGCCGAGAAACACUCGCAUAUCUGCGGCGGCACCAUCAUCAACAAGGAAUGGGUCCUCACUGCUGCUCACUGCAUCUCCAAGCCUGUGGGAAUGGGCGUCAUCGCUGGCCUGCACACGCGUGCCGAUGUCAAUGAUCGCACCCAGCAGCGUGUCGUUGAUUUUGGACGCGUGCACGAGCUGUACACCGGCGGCGUUGGUCCCUUCGACAUUGCCAUUCUGCAUUUGAGUGAACCCUUCGCGUUCAACGAAUUCGUCAGCCCAGCUACUUUGCCCAGCCGCGAGCAGGUGCAUGAGGGAGAGACCCAUCUGUACGGUUGGGGACAGCCCAAAUCUUAUGUGUUGACAGCCUCCAAGUCUCUGAUGACCGUGACCACUGAGAUUGUCAACUUUGCCGAAUGCAAGGAUGCGUUGCCCGAAGAUGCCCCACUCGAACCCACCAACAUCUGCUCCGCCUCCCUCCAGCAGAGCAUCUCCGCUUGCAACGGUGACUCUGGUGGCCCAUUGGUCGUUGAGUACGAGGAUGCCUCUUCUGAGCUGAUUGGCGUUGUCUCCUGGGGCUAUAUUCCCUGCGGCUUAGCUAACUUCCCUUCGGUGUACACCCGUGUCUCGGCCUACGUCGAUUGGAUCGCCAAGAUCCAGGGCGCAUACUAUGCUUUGUUCUAAGUGGUUCUGUCUGCGAUUUAAUAAACAAUCUUGACGUCAAGUCAAGUUAUGUUUGGAUUAUA